GCCUCACCUAAAAUUCUCUAAAUAUAGUUAAUCUACAGCAAACUGUGCAGCAAUGGACUCAAGAUUCAUUGUCUUGUGCUUGGUGCUCCUGUCAUCCUCCUGCACUGGAAUCAAACUGGAGGGAAAUGGAUACACUGAUAUUGUGGUUGCAAUCAGUUCAGGAGUACCACAGGACAACACACUCAUUGAGAGAAUAAAGGACAUGUUCACUGAAGGUUCGAUGCAUCUGUUUGAAGCAAUGGACAACAUGGUCUAUUUCAGAAAUGUUACAAUACUAGUUCCACCACAUUGGAGCAGUAAAAAUUUUACCAAAGCCACAACAGAAUCCUAUGAGAAGGCCGGCAUAAGAAUUGAUAAAGCUAAUCCAGGAUAUGGUGAUGCUCCGUACACAAAGCAGUAUGAAGAUUGUGGAUCGGAGAAUGAGUACAUUCACUUUACUCCAGACUUUUUCCUAAAUGAUGAUCUCAAUCACUUCUACGGUUCAAGAGGAAGGGUCUUGGUGUAUGAAUGGGCUCAUCUGAGAUGGGGGGUCUACGAUGAUUACAAACAGGCUACAAAAUGUAGCAAACACAUCGCAGGCCAGCAUUCAGAGGAAGUUGCAUUUUGCAGAGAAGAUGAGCACGAUGCCGCAGCCCAGAACCUGCAAAAUGAGAAAUGUGGUAACAGAGCUACAUGGACAGUGAUAUUUGAGGAUUCUGUGGACAGUGCUGCCCUUCAAUCUCUGCGACCGUUGCAAUCUCCUCCACCAGCACCAACUUUCACUGUUGUACAAAGAAUGAAGCGUGUCGUUUGUCUCAUCCUUGAUGUCUCAGGAAGCAUGACAGGCUCAAGGAUUCUUCGACAGCGGCAAGCCGCCACACAUUUCCUGCAGUACAUCAUCGAAGAUCAAGCCUAUGUGGGAAUCGUAACCUUUAGCAGUGACGCUUACAUUCUUAAACAUUUGACUCGUAUUGACAAUGAGACCACAAGAAAGGAGCUGAUCAAAUCAUUGCCAACCACAGCAGGUGGAGGGACAUACAUCUGUAAAGGCCUCAGUAAAGGCUUAGAGGUACUUAGAGAGGACAAUUUGGAUGCAUUAGGAGAUGAAAUCAUUUUUCUCACUGAUGGUGAGGCGUCAGACGACCUUAAUACAUGCGUUCCAGGUGCAAUACAAAGUGGUGCCAUUAUACACACGAUAGCUUUGGGUAAAUCCGCUGCCCAGGCUUUGAGGCACAUGGCAGACAAGACUGGAGGAAAAUUUAUCAUAGCCACCGAUGAUUUAACCUCCAAUAUGUUAGUGGAUGCAUUUGCUUCACUUACAAUACCAACUGGAGACUACACAAAAGAACCAGUUCAGCUUGAGAGUACUGGUUUUAAAACAGCAGACUGGUUUAAUGGAACUGUGUCAGUGGAUCCGACUGUUGGUAACAAAACCAGCUUUUUAAUCGUAUUUGAAAGCAGUUUAACUACUGCUUACAUACAGUCGCCAAGUGGGUUCAUCUACAGUUUGAGAGAUAUGAUUUCAGAUACAACAGCAAAGACAAUCACGCUAAAAAUUCCAGGAACUGCAGAGGCUGGUGACUGGAAGUACAGUAUUCUGAGUGGAAGAUCUCAGUCGUUGACUAUAACUGUAACCAGUCAAGCAGCAGACGCUGAUGUUCCUCCUAUCAUUGUCAAAGCCCAUGUCAACCAGCAGUUUAGUGACGGCAGUAAACCCACGAUUGUGUUUGCUGAAGUUAGUCAGAACUACAGAUCUAUAGUUAAUGCUGAGGUGUGGGCCACACUGGAGCCCGAAACUGGUGCCCCAGAGAUAAUACAACUCCUGGAUAAUGGAGCAGGAGCUGACGCUUUCAAAGAUGAUGGGAUUUAUUCCAGAUAUUUCACAAAAUUAGUGAAGGGUAGAAGCAGCUUGAAAGUGCGAGUGAGGAAUAAAGAUGGACUAUCCAGGUUUACUCUCUACGGGAAGAGUGGCGUGGUGAAUGAUAAAGUGAAGCCAGAGCCUCCAGUUAAUAAUCAACCACUUGUGGUAGGAAACUUUACCAGAACAGCCACUGGAGAAAGUUUUGAGGUGUCUUUCGUUUCAGGCACAAAACCACCAAAUUACCCCCCUAACAAAAUCACAGAUCUUAAAGCUGAAAUCAAGGAGGACACUGUACUUCUCAUCUGGACGGCUCCAGGGGAGGAUCUUGACCUGGGAACAGCUAAAUCCUACGAGAUCAGAUGGAGCAAUGACCAUGAAAUGCUUCGUCUGAACUUCAGCGAUGCUUUUUUAGUAAACAUGUCUGCAGUCUCACCUCAAGAGUCUGGAUCAGUUGAACAACAUUCAUUUAACAUGAUAAUCCAAAAUGGUGCCACAAUCUUCUUUGCUAUUCGGUCUGAAGACAAAGAUGCUGUGAAAUCUAAAAUAUCCAACAUUGUUCAGGUCACAAAGAUCCUGCCUGCUCCGGGACUGAAUUUUAUAUUUAUUAUCGUUUUUGUUUGUGUGGCAACUAUAUCUGUAUGUUUUUGUGUUGUUGUGAAACAAAGACGUUACUUCCGUAAAAUCCAAAUUUACAGACGCUUUUUUUAAUGCAAACAAAUGGCAAAAACAGUACUCAUGUAAAAAAAAUCUUGCUUAAACUUUACAAUACAUCAAAUUUGUUUAUUAUCAUUAGUUAAGGCAAUAUGAACUAACAAUAUGCAACACAGUUUUAAAUAGCAUUUUAAAAUGCUUUUAACCUUUGUUAAUCUUAUGGAAAUGUAUGUGCUAAUUUUUCAUGUUUGGUCAUCCAACAUUAACUAAUGUUAACAGAUUCAAUUUAUCAAUUUAAAAUAUGUAGUAGUAAAGUCAAUGCUUACAUGUAUUAAAAAUAAUAAAUGUUGUAGAAAUGUUAAUUAUAGCUUAAUUCAUGCCAACAGAUCUGGUUAACAAAUGAAACCUUAUUGCAAAGUAUUUUUUGUCUUAAACCUUUGAACCUAUGUAUACCUAAUCUCCAAUAAAUUCUUAUUGUACUUGUAUCUGCAGCGUAUUAUAUUAUUUUCAUACUGCAAAAUGUAUUUUGGUACCUUAUACCUAAAAUGAAUCAAUAAUAAUAAUAAUAUAAUAAACUUUAUUUUCUAUAGCGCCUUUAAAGUGUACAUAUCAAAGCGCUGUACAAAAACAAUUAAAACAACAAAGAUACAGCACACAAUAAAGAUUUAAUAAUAAUAAUAAUAAUAAUAUGUUUUAUUUAUAUAGCGCCUUUCCAUUGCUCAAGGACGCUUCACAAUAACAGUUAGGAGUAAACAGUAAAUACAUACAGUAGCAGACAAUUGACAAUUGCCCAGUCCAAGCGAUCACGGUUGCGUUUUGCAUUUCAAGUUAAAUAAACAAAACCAAAAAUAACAUAAAACAGAAACAAAAACAAGCAGGAUCAAAUC